CAGCGCUUACUACGCGGGCUUUUUAUGCUUCCGCGUUUGCGGUUUCUCAGUUGGUUCUGUCCAGCAACGGAGUCCCGAAAUGCCAGUUAAAAGAUCACUGAAACUGGAUGAUCAGUUUGAAAAAAAUUCAUUUAGUCCUUCAAAAAUCGUGAGGAAGAAAAGUAUUACAGCUUAUUCUCCUACUACUGGAACUUAUCAGUUGAGCCCAUUUUCUUCUCCCGCAACCCCCAAAGAACAGGAGCACAGAAACGGACCAUCAAAUGAAACAAGGAAACGGAGUAACUUGAGCUCACCUGUAAGACAGGAGUCCACAGUGAAAGACAGGGAUGGAUUCAUGGUGUUGCUAUCUAAAAUUGAGAUAUCAUCAGAGAAAACCAUGGAGAUAAUGAAAAAUCUAAGUAGUAUACAGGCUUUGGAGGGCAACAGACAACUUGAAGAUCUCAUUGGUGUUUCCCUAGUACCAUGCUCCUUAAAAAGUGAAGCAAGGAAAACCAAAGAACUAAUGACUAAAGUAAUAAAACAAAAGUUGUUUGAAAAGAAAAAAUCAAGAAUUACUCCCAAAGGUACAGGACAAGCUGACCCCUGUGCUGACACCAUAGAGAAGUUUAAUGUGGCCUUGCCCCUUCAUUCUGGCCACCACCGAGGGAUUUUUAACCAAAUGCUGUACUUCUCCCAACUCAGUAUUGAAAACAUUCAUCACGCUGGCCAAAUCAUUUUACUCCUUGAAGACUGCUGUCCUUUUGGCAUUUCAUCUUCUAUUUUAAAUAUUGAGCUGCAUCUUUUUUUUUUUUCUCAGAUACUUUAAUUUUAAAGCACUCAGAUUUGAAUCUGAAGAUUCUCUUUAAAAUUCCCCCCUGUGCUUUCCCAGAUUUAUUUGGAGAUAGCUGUUAAUUUUGGUAUCACAGAUACGCAUUAAUGUACAUUGUAGCUCUCGGUCCUUCGUGUGUUGUGCGUGCUGUUCAUUGGUCAGACCUCUCUGUCUACAGGGUUACUGUUCUUGCUUUAUGCCUCAUCACCACUGUUAGAGGAAUACUGAGGACGCCAACUUAAGAUUUGUCUUGGAUUUAAAUAAAGCCAAACAGGGUA